GCUGACUUGAGUUCUUGCCCCUCUUAUCUCCCUAUUCCACCACUACCAUUGCAUCCCAUCCUCAACAUCAUGGCAAAGGUAGCAGCUUGGACGGCUCUCUCAGCCAUCCUCGCCCUCGCCAUCGCCGCUAAUGCAGCACCUGCUAAUCACCAGCAUACAUCCGCAUCCACGUCCGCACACGCCCUCAUCGACCACAACGCCGAUGUCAAGCGACCCACUUUCGUCACCGAUGUGCCUUUCGCAUUCGCUAUAGAGAGCAAGCAGACCCCUCAUGAAGUCGCUCUCGGACUCGCAGCCUCGCUACUCAGCGUCAAGUCGUCCUCGAGCAAGCUGAGGGUCAGGGACGACAGUUACUUUGAUGCUGCGCAUGGCAUCCACCAUGUCUAUCUAGCUCAGGAGGUCAAUGGCCUCAACGUCUACAACGGCGGACUCCAUGCCGUAGUCUCCGACAAGGGCGAAGUCCUCUCUUACUCGCACAACCUCUACGAUGGAGAGAUUCCCCCUCAAAGUACCGCACCCGUCGCCGCCUGCCAGAAGCAGCAUCACUCGAGCAGCAAAGCCAAGCGCAGCCAGCUCGUCCUCUCCACCAACGAGAGCGCCAUCCUCUGCAAGGAGACCGCCCUUGGCGCCUUCCUCAUCCAGGCAAAAUCCAUCGCAGUGGGCAGUGGACAACAGAUGCAGUCUGGCCCAUCUCAUGAGGCUCUCAUAGCAUCCAUAGACUCCUCUUCGAUGGCUUACGUCAUCUCAUCCAACGGCUGCCUUGUCCUCACGCACCGCUUCGAGGUGCCGACGCAGGAUAAUGAGUACGAGGGGUACGUCGACGCCCUCGAUGGGACCAUUCGUGCGGUGGCGGACUGGACGUCGCCAGGCACCGCAGGAACGCCUUCUCUCGCCCGACCUGACUUUGGCCGCGUCAAGAUUGCCGGCACUGGCAUUGACGAGGUGCUCAGCGCUCCCGUUCGCAAAGUCAAGCAAUGGAUGUCGUGGAACCCUGCUGUAGAGGCUGCCGUUGCACAGGCAGGCAGCGACGCUGAUGACGAGUCAAAGGCGCCCUCCUACAAAGUCUUCACCUGGGGUACCAACGACCCUUCCGAGGCAAAGCGUACCUACCAGCCUGCCCGCCACGAUCCCGAGGUCUCCCCCUACGGCUGGCACGCACACCCCUCGUCCCGCUCGCCUUUCACUAGCAGCAAGGACCGCAAUCAAGUGCACGAUGGCAAUCUGACAAAGUACACAGACACGCGCGGCAACAACGUCUUUGUCUCGUGGGGCGGCAUUUCCAAUGAGGACGCUUUCCACCCCGAGCUCCCACGUCCGCGCGGCUCCGUCAUCAACGGGAGCCGUACCUUCGACUACCCCUACCCCUGGCGCAAGUUUGACAGUAAUCACACUGAGCUUCCACCCCGCGAGUAUGCCCUGGCGAGCCAGACGCAGCUCUGGUACACCAUCAACGAAUAUCACGACAUGCUAUUCCACUAUGGCUUCGAUGGACCCUCUGGUAACUUCGAGGAGUACAGCAAGGACGGAGGCAAGGACGGGGAUGCAGUCAUCGCCUUUGCGCAGAGCAAGGCUGGGAUGAACAAUGCGGACUUCUCGACUCCUCCUGAUGGGCGAAGGGGUCGUAUGCGCAUGUACACAUGGGAUGGGCACCCAGAGCGCGAUGGUGCGUUUGAGGAGGGCAUCGUCAUUCACGAAUACACGCACGGCCUCUCAACGCGCCUCACGGGCGGAGCGGCCGACUCGAGCUGUCUGGGAUGGGGCGAGUCAGGUGGAAUGGGCGAAGGAUGGGGAGACAUCUUUGCUACCCUGGCUCGUGACCGCAACAACUCGGAUGUCGCCUUCAGCAUGGGCGAAUGGGCUUCUGGUCGCCCCGGUGGCAUCAGGAAGUUCCCAUACAGUAGGAACAUCACCCUUUCCCCUGAGACGUACGAGACGCUCAACAAGCCAGGCUACUGGGCGGUUCAUGCUGCUGGAGAGGUGUGGGCCACCAUCGUGCUCGAUGUGGUCGCGCACGCAAAGGAGCAGUACGGCUUUUCAAAGACCCUCUUCCCUCCAGCGACUACAGCGUCCGAUGAGGAGAAGGCCCGCUUCUACCUCACAGAGGAGGAGGUGGCCUCUCUCCCCAAUGGGCCCAAGCGUAAGUCAAAGCGUCCCAUCCCUCGACACGGCAAUACGCUGUUGGCACAGCUGCUCGUCGAUGGCAUGAAGCUGCAGCCCUGUCGCCCGGACUUCCUCUCAGCUCGAGAGGCGAUUGUCAAGGCGUCGCAGAUCCUCACGGGUGGCGGGGAUGACUACGAGUGCUUGCUGAGGCAUGCAUUCGCGAAACGUGGGCUCGGUCUCGACGCCAAGGUCGUGGGGCAGACGCCGUGGGGCUUCGGCGUGCAUACUAAUGGGCACAAGACGCCCGAAUCGUGCAAGGGAACGAGGAGGAGGGAGAGCGCAUAGUAGUGGGCGUGGUGAAUGGUUUGUUCUCGACUUGGCAAGGCACGGACUCGUUUGAUGAUCUGUUUCCUCUUAUCACGACAAUUCUCAGAAUGCUUCGCAAUCAAUG